AUGAAGUUCUCCUCUGUGGCUAUUACCGGUGCCGCGCUGGGCCUUGCCCAUGCCUCUCCUGUCAAGCGUCAGGCAAUCACCGAUGGUGACAUCCUGAACUACGCCCUAACUCUUGAGCAUCUCGAGGCCACCUUCUACGCGGAGGGUCUUAAGAACUAUACCCAGCAGGACUUUAUUAGUGCUGGAUACAUGGAUCCGUUCUAUGCCAACUUGCAAACCAUUGCUUCAGACGAGCAGACCCACGUGCAGUUCCUGACCCAGGCCCUAUCCGCUGCCGGAGCCUCACCCGUGGCGGCCUGUACCUAUUCCUUCCCCGCCACCGACGUGAAGAGCUUCCUUGCCCUCGGCAGCAUCCUGGAGGGUGUCGGUGUGAGCGCCUACCUCGGUGCCGCCGCCUCCAUCAUGAACGGUACUUACCUCACCGCAGCCGGUAGUAUCUUGACUGUCGAGGCCCGUCACAGCGCAUACCUGCGCUCCUACCUUGGCGAGAAACCUGCUGCUCAGCCAUUCGAUAACCCUCUUGACUUCGAUGAGGUGUAUACCCUGGCUGCGCCGUUCAUUACCUCUUGCCCGUCGAGCAACGGCAUGCUCCCCGUGAAGGCCUUCCCCACUCUGACGGCAACCUCGACCGGGACCAUUAUGAGUGGCUCGCAGGUCGCCGUUAUGGCUGGCACUGGCUUUGACAUGUCAAUGGAUACCUCAGAUAUCUCUGCUGCCUUUGUCACCGUCACUGGCCCCGUCUUUACUCCUGUUACCUCGGACGGUAGUGGAAAGUUCACCGUGACUGUUCCCGCCGGUGUUUCUGGACAGAGCUAUGUCGUCCUUACCAAGGGCAACUCCACCGUUACUGAUGAUACUAUCGUUGCUGGCCCCGCUAUCCUUGAGGUACUUUGA